AUGUCACAACCCACGCCAUCGACUUCCAAGUCGUCAACGCCAAUCAUGGUUGCACCCACGGAUCCGCAAUCCAGUUCACCCUUCAAUAAGAUCCCUCUUGAGGUCCUUCUCCGCAUCUCUUCCCUCCUCAAUACCACAGACUUGGGCGCCUUGCGCCUCACGUGCAGAUCCAUCGAGCAGUCACUGUUUAACACCUUCAUGAAGGAGUACUUCACUAAGCGACAGUUCAUGCUCACUGAAUUCAGCCUGCAGGCCCUCGUCGAUAUCAGCAAUUCGCGGUUGAGUGACUGCCUCGACCAUGUCAUCAUCGGCCUCAACGGCUUCACACGCCACUACUUUCACCCGGGAAAGGAAGCCUGUGAAACUCGUUACCGCGAGGCUCAAGCCGACCACUUCGCCCUGGUCAACAGUGGCCAGCAUGUUGUCAUGUUGGCCGAGGCAUUUCGGAAUUUGAAGAAUCUCAAGACAGUCGGCAUCCGCGACUACAACUCCAGAGCCCGCAGUCUUCGCGAUGGCUUCACUGCCACCUGGGCAAGCUACGGUGCGACGACGCUCGAGAAGGAGACGGAAGUCAACCUCUUCCGCGUCCCCAUCGACGAGAUCCAGGCCUACACAAAUAAAGUCUUCAUAUCUGUCUUCACAGCACUCGGCAAUGCCGGUGCACGUCCCAAGGCCUUUGAACUGCUUCGCAAAAGUCAGGGCGUCCCUUCGGACGAUGCAUUCAAUCUCUUCACAAAGUACCUCAAGCCCAAGGUUGCCCCUGUUCUGGAGAGUCUGGAGACGUUUAUGUGCGUCGUCAAUGUGGCCAACGGCCCGUUCCGAAUCACGGCUCCCGUAGCCGGUGCCGACGACAACACUGCUUUCAGUCGCCGUCGGCACGACUAUCUCCUACGCCUCUUCUUGGGCUACAUGCCCAAUCUGAAGCAUCUGAGAUUGAACUUCAGCCAUCCAGGUAACAACUCAGACGCUGUUGACCACUUCAUCAACUGGUUGGGUACCCCGGUUCCCAAAACCCCGUCGACACCUCCCGACAGCCAGCUCCCACCUCCUCCUCCACCGGUGGCAUUCCCGCAUAUCGAGGAACUCAACUUGGGCUUUGUGGAUGUCGAGCCAAAGCGGCUCAUCCAGCUUGUUCGGAAGCUCUCGCCGACGCUCAAGAGACUGGAGCUGUGGAAGCUUACGCUGUGGAACAAAGCAGCCGACGCCCGAGACCCCGACGAGCGACGUGACCACUACAAGGUCAACCUGUGGGCUAAGAUGCUGAAAGCUCUGUGCGACAUACCCAACUUGAACCUGGACCAUAUCAUGAUUGGCAGCCCUGCCCAACGUACCUUUAUGACCAACACCAAAGUUUGGUUCCACAGCAAGGAUGGCUCCGCCGACGACAAGGUGAAUAGAAAGGAGUACACGGGCAUCGAUUGGAAGCACUUUGUCGGAGAGCUUGUCGGGCAAGUCAAGGCGGAACUUCCGCUAGAGACUGACUCUGAUGAGGGCGAAGACGACGUCUAUGACUCCGAGUUCGACGACGAGAUGAUGGAAGAAGAAGAGCAGGAUGAUGAAGAUCUAGACGGCGAGGAGUGA